AUGCAGGCCGUUAAGGACGCCGGUCGACAGAAGAGGAAUCUGAAACGAAGGAGCUCCAGGAAGAAGUCACUAUCACCAUCAGACCUACGACGUGUACGCGGGGAUGUGAAAAACGAAAAAAUGACCAGCAAACGAUCGCUUUCUGAGGGGUCUUUGAAAAUUAGACACAAGAAACCAGUACAGGCAUAUCCAAUAAAUGGUAGUGAUAUUGAAGUACCACUAGAUGGAACUGUUGACUCCAAAGGUGCUCCCGAAAGCGACGAAUCUAAUAUACCACCGACCAGUUCUGAUAGGGACACAGAAGAAGACGUUAAAACUCCAAGAACUAUCCCUCAUUAUUCUCGCUUCGACUCCGCUAGUGAUAUGGAUUCCCUCGUCUCCAUUGCCGUCAAGAAGGCUGCCCGCAGACGAAAAAACUCCUCCAACCUCGCGUCGUGUAUCAGUGGCGAGUGUGAAGUCCUGGACGGUGAGGCCGGUCGCAUGCGUCCCGAGGACUACCGGCUGGUGUUCCUCAGCUCGGACUCGUCUGGUCGGGACGACACCGAGGACUCAGCGUCGACCGCCUCCUCCGCCGCCCCGCACCCGACUGACGACUGUGACUGGGAUUACUUCGAGCCGGGCGCCCCCCCUCCCCCCACCACACAGCACCACCCGCCCGCCUGCUCGUGCGGCGCCGAGCCUCGUCUAGUCCCAGUCCCUGUCCCGGUGCCGGUCCCGGUGCCGGCGUCCCUGUGGCCCGCUCUGCUCGCCUUCCCCCCUCCCCCCACCCCGCCCUGGAGCACGUACCCCGGCUUCCCCAUCGAUGCGGCGACCCUCGCUCGCAUCACGACCGCCGCGGUGGUCACCGCCGCCGCCAGCGCGCGGAACAAACUAGAAAUGACCGUCGAUAGGACGGAUAAGGCGAUACAGGCCUCCGAUAAGGAUAACGAUGAUAAGUGUACCGAGCGGGCAGUCGGGCCCGAGCCGGCGGACGAGAUUAAGGUGAUCGCCGAGGAGCCGUCCGCGAUGUGCGAACAGAUGCCGGAGCAUCUAUUGUCGGAGAACGCCUUCCUCUCCUCCGACGAGUCCAACUCGAGCGACUCGGAGGCGGGCACGGAGCGCCGCAGCUACGAGCUGCACAGCGGCGCGCCCGACGAGCCCGCCACCAGCGACGAGGACUCCGACGACUCCGGCGGAGGAGGACAGUUCUCACGGGUGUUCGUGGUCAACCCCGCGGACUCCUCCUCCGACCAGGACGACAGCAGCGGGAUCGACUGCGACGACUUCGACAAGAACGUGCCCGAGGAGCUCGCGGCGGAACGAGACGACGAGCAACGAGGGGAUAAUCAACACUCGCGCGAUAAUGAUGACGUCGUUGUGUUGGAAGUCGUGAACUACAAUGAGAAAUAUCCUAUGAUCUCCUUAUGCGAUAAUAGUGACGAUGGUGGUGAAAGUGUUGAUAAAAAUGACAGUAAUAUGACGUUCUGUGACGACAACAUGCUGCAGAGUGAAAUUAGUGACAAGUUCAAUAGCUUUAAUACGGUCAGUGAUGAACACGAAAAUAGUUUCAAUAAUCGAAGUAGUGGCGUGUCCGAUAACAUUGAGUGCGACUCCUUGGACAACUCCUUCAGUUCAGAUUAUAAUAUUAAAGUGUCCGUGUCCGUCGAGACCGAGAAGCCUUACGACGACCAGAGUUCAAACAUUAACCAAACACAAUCCGUGGAACUCAGAAAACUAUCACCUUCACCCGAACUCGGAAAAGAGGAAACUAGUUUACGAACAUUAACGUCAGCUACCGGAGAUAAAAUAGACCUGUUCAAAGGUAUCGAACGCACGCUCAGCGAGUUGUUGAAGAAAGAAUUGAUGGGAGACCAAGGGGAGGAGAAAACGCAGGGGGACGGCGGCGCGGGGGGGAGCGCCGGCGCACCUGACGCUCACACAGUCAGCCGCCCGCCGUCGACCGACGCGGACCUCGCGCCGUUCACGAGCCGCGUUAUGAUAACGCACGACCGCGUCUCCGUCGUCACGUCCGACACGACGCGGCUCAUGCGUGACAUUAUAGUGCACCACACGAACUCACAGAGCGAGCCGCACACGAGCGGCGCCGAGCGGGCCGGCGAGCCGCAGCAACCUUCGGCCGGAGUGACUGUCGUUAGCAACGCGGACACUCUCUCGGCGGUCGUGUGUCUCGAGGAGGGGCUCGCGGACGACGACUCGUGGGUCGAGGACGUCAGCCACGAUGAUGACACAUCACCCUCUGACUCCGAGUCGGGGGAUGAAGCGACCCUCCCCACUCGAGCCGACUUCGCCUAUUGCCGCCGCUCCUUGGAUUUCACCCUACAUACGAUCGUGGAAGAGAGUUGUGAAGAAAGCGAGACGGAGCAAACCGUUAAAAAGGCUCGACCUAUAUCGGCUACCGAAUUGGAGAAGUACUUUUUCUUCGGCUUAGGAGACGGAACGACCGCUCGCGAGGAUGAGGAACAAGUGUCCGACACGUCGAGUGUGUGUAGUGAAGGUGGUGAGUCCAUCGUGGAUAUGGAACAACAGACCAGUAGGAAGAGUGGUGAUAGUGAUGAGCUCGUGUCGUCUCGGUUAGAGAAAUACUUUCUCUCCGGCUUUAUGGGUUUCAAUCAAGAGAGACGGGAUUCCGAUGGGUCGGGGAGCGUCGGCAGUGACAGUGAGGGGAAACAGAGUCCCGAACAGAGGCGGAAGAGAUUGGUUCGGGCUCGGGGCGCGCCCAGGUCACAUUCAUCAUCGUUAGACAACCUACUGGCGGGCGAUGAACCCUCUCAAGACACGCAGGAGAUAUCGGACGGAUCGAGCACCGAGACCGAGGACCGGCACGAGUCACUCGAGAGGCUCGACAUGACCGGUGAAGUUAAGAGGAAGAAACAAAGCAAGAAGUCGCGCGGCUCACCCGCUGAUGAAAGACGACAAUCCGUGGAGUUCCCUGAAGAAACAAGGGAUGACACGAGAUCCGUGUCCGAAGGUGAAGACGGCCGACUGACACCCAGAGUAGAGUUCCCACCUCUAGGCUCCGAACUAUCGGAAUCUAAGAAACAGACGAGUAGAGAUAGCGGGUUCGUCGGGAGUUGUGAUGAUUUGUUAAAGAACGGCGACAACGGUGACUUCACCAGGUCUCAUGAACCUAAAACAGAGUUAGAGGAAAUUAUUGAGGAAGCUCGACCGGAGCUGGAUGAGAGGAUCGACCGUCCGCCGUCCUCACGACCACCGCCGAGCACACUCACGAGGAAAGAUAGCUUUAACAACUGGUCCUCAGACGAGGAAACUAAUCUCAUGAUGACGAAAAUGAGACAAUUCUUUAAACAAAUGAUAAACACGACCAACGUGAGGGCAUCGACCCCGGCCUCAUCCAACUCUGAAAGCUCACGCCCACCGAAACCACCACAACUACUGUACUUCGAGAGCGAGUUGACGAGGUUGAUGAAAACUGUACCGGGAAUACGGGACGAGGAGGUCAGGGAGAUCGUCGAAUACUUAUCGAGCGAGGACACGUGGAGCGACUCGUACGACUCGUCGGACUACGCGGGCUCCGAUCUGGAAGGAACAUCCGCCAACAGAUCCGCGUUAAGGAAACAGAUAUCAGAUAGCUGUCGAGAGAUAAUAGACGAGUUCGAUCGAGGAAACAGUGAGGCGGGGUCUUUGGAACGAGAUGCUGUUGGCGCGUAUCAGAGAUUGGCUGCAACGCUGGGUCGUGCUGGGGACGGAUCUCCGCCUCUGUUCGGAAAAGUGAUGAGACAUAUAGGAGGGAGACUCGUGGCCUUGAUGCACGAGGUGUCAGCAGGCGCGCCGCCUAGUACUGAUGAAGACAGCGCCUCUGAGCCCGGAGCAUUAGCCAGGAGUCGCUCACACGAUAUACUAGAAGCGGCGGCGAGUCGAGGCAGUGUAGCUAGUGAUAGUGAAAGAUUUUCGUGGAGAGGAAGCUUUGAAUCUGCUCUAUUAGCAGCGGACUCCAGGGGUACAUUGGGGGGCGAAGCCCGACGCUCGCCGGCGGGGGCUGAGCUGGCGGCUCAGAAGUCUCAUUCACGAAGCUGCGGCGCCAUCAGCGGCAGUGAAGACAGGCUGUGGAGAGGAAGGAGGAGAGCCUCCGCCCCCGACGCAGAGUCGGAGGAGGAACAGCGUGCAGGCUCAUUGCCUCGUCUUCCCUCCAUCGCGGGAGUAGGCCCGGUGAAGUCCGCUCGCUACCGGGCCCCGGGAUUUAGGUCCGCAACCCGGGCCGCUUCAGCCCCAGGCCUGCACGUGCCUAGGAGACGAAGGCCUGGGUCUCACGCACACACACCCUCCACACCAAGCCUCCAAGGUAUGAAUACAUUUAUAUAUUCUUUAGCAGUAACCUAA